UUUCCCUGCACGUUAGAAGUUUGCUAAUAUGUCUGGACGCGGCAAGCAAGGCGGCAAGGCGCGCGCCAAGGCCAAGACGCGCUCCUCGCGGGCCGGGCUGCAGUUCCCCGUGGGCCGCGUGCACCGGCUGCUCCGCAAGGGCAACUACGCCGAGCGCGUCGGCGCGGGCGCGCCCGUGUACCUGGCGGCGGUGCUGGAGUACCUGACGGCCGAGAUCCUGGAGCUGGCGGGCAACGCGGCGCGCGACAACAAGAAGACGCGCAUCAUCCCGCGCCACCUGCAGCUGGCCAUCCGCAACGACGAGGAGCUCAACAAGCUGCUGGGCAAGGUGACCAUCGCGCAGGGCGGCGUGCUGCCCAACAUCCAGGCCGUGCUGCUGCCCAAGAAGACCGAGAGCCACCACAAGGCCAAGGGCAAAUAAGGAACAAAUCGCAACAUCCAAAACCAAAGGCUCUUUUCAGAGCCACCCACGCUUUCACUAAAGAGCUUGCCGGGAAAUGUCCGUUUUUAACAGCGACUAAUUCUACAGUCUACCAGUAGGUGGCAGUGUGUGAACAUUAACUCCAAUAAAAACAAUUUAGCAUCAGCCAAGGAAAAUGGGUACCCGGACACUUGACAAUCACAGGUAAUUAAGCUGAUGAGUGCUGCAUGCCCUGGGGGUUAAACCGGGAGAAAACGGGAGGGCAACGAGGCUUGGUGAAAGGUGACUAUUUAACUGCAAAUAUAGUUAGUGACCUAUCGGGCAAUAACUCUUGAGUUGUUUUGCAUCUCAAUAGGACAGACACAUCAUCACCAAUUUUCCCAUCUACCGGGGCCCUAGUGGAUUGUAAGUAACAGCAACACUGCUGGCCUCCGAGUCAGGUUCCUUAGGCGGAGCUGCUCACCACGGGGCACAGCAUGGCUCUAAGAAGGCUCAGUCAUCUUUUUGUACUAAGUACACGCUUGAGGGUUUCUUUAACCACACUUUCCACAACUCUCAGUUGAAAUUGUGAAACGUAUGAGAAUGUUAGUGAAAAGUAAAUGUUACUGUAGCUGUAACACCAAAUGUGAAAUCGAGUUAAGUAGGCAUUUAGAAAAAGCCUAAGAAACAUUUUAAAACCUCUACACGUAAGUAGAGAAAUGAAGAAACGGACGGGAAAUUGGCUUUCCUAAAUUUGAAUGAGAUUCAAAAAUCACUUGGCCAAUCCGGUGUAGCGCGCGCUUUUUCAAAAAGAUCAGACGAUAGCCCGUUUCCGGGGCCAAAAUUUAAAAUUUUUAUUCAGGAAACAAGACAUAUAAUGGUA